GGGCGCAUGCGUAACCGGAAAGGAGGCUGGCUAGUGCGUUUUCCUCGCAAACGGCGCCAUUUUGUGUUCGGAACUGCCGCAGCGGCUGCUGUGUAUAAGGUGGACAGCAAAGACAGGGGGCACCCAGGAUGGCAGAGGCUCUGUCAGGUGCAGGCGAUUCGGGUUCUGGCUCGGCGGGUCUCGGCUCCGCUUCCUCGGAGACCGGGACCCGGCGUCUCAGCGACCUGCGAGUGAUCGACCUCCGGGCCGAGCUGAAGAAGCGGAACCUGGACACCGGCGGCAACAAGAGCAUCCUGAUGGACCGACUCAAAAAGGCAAUUGAGGAAGAAGGGGGCGAUCCUGAUGAAAUUGAGAUUGCAUCCGAAGCUUCGAGCAAGAAAAUUACAAAGAGACAUAUCAAAGGGCGUAAGCCAGAGGAAGAGGGUGCUGAAGAUAAUGGACUAGAGGAAGAUUCUGGAGAUGGACAGGAGGACAAUGAAACAAGUUUGGAUAACUUGCAGGAUAUAGACAUGAUGGAUAUUAGUGUGUUAGAUGAGACUGAAAUAGAUAAUGGCAGUGCUGCUGACUGUGGUGAAGACUACAGUGCUGAUAAUAUUCUUGACUCCUUGUCUGAUAGUAAAGAAAAUGCUGAUGCAGAAUUGAAACAACUUCCAGAUCAGCUUACAGAACAUACUACUACCGGAGAAGGAGUUGGAAAUAGUUUGGAUGCUUCAUCAUCAGACUUCACUGUAAUACAGGAUAAUGAAGAACCACCCUUGGAGCCAGAAAAUGAGAAAAUACUCGACAUUUUGGGGGAAACUUGUAAGUCUGACCCACUAAAAGAAGAAGGUUCCGACCUGGAGCAGCCAUUUUCACAGGAUGCAAGUAGCGUGGGGCCAAACAAAAAGCUUGCAGAGGAAGAGGACAAUUUUGACACUGCUCAUCCAGAGGAGGAUGCAUUAGAUGUGGACAGCGAGUCAACACAAGCUAUUGCCAAGAAGGCAGAAAAGCACUUAGACAUAGUGAAAAGGGAGAAAAGCGAGCAGAAAGUAGACGAAGAGAAAAUGGACUCUGAUACUGUAGUGGUAGAGAAUCUAAAUGAUCAGAGUAGCAAAGCAUCAGAAAAUGCGGAAGCUUCUAGCGAGGAAGCCCAGGAAACACCAGAGAAAGCCUCAAGCCCCGAAACCAAAGAUAGCAAAGAAGACAUUAAGAAAAGUGAAGAUGAAGCUUAUAAUGAAGACUCAUCUGCUACUAAAGAGUCCUCUACCAAUGAGGGCGGUGAUCAGAAAAUGAGCUUUAUUGAGGACGACACAGAUAUAAAGCCAGCCUUAAAGGAUGACAAAGGUCGUGUUAGUAGCAGUUCUGGUAGGAAUUUGUGGGUUAGUGGACUCUCUUCAACUACCAGAGCCACAGACUUGAAGAACCUUUUCAGCAAGUAUGGAAAGGUUGUUGGAGCCAAAGUGGUAACUAAUGCUCGUAGUCCCGGGGCACGGUGUUAUGGUUUUGUUACAAUGUCUACAUCUGAUGAAGCCACAAAGUGUAUUAACCACCUUCACCGAACAGAAUUACAUGGAAGAAUGAUCUCAGUAGAAAAAGCCAAAAAUGAGCCUGCCGGGAAGAAACCUUCUGACCGUAAAGACUGUGAAAUAAAAAAGGAAAAAUCAAGCAGCGGGGAAAGACAUCACUCCACUGACUCCAGGUCUGAAAGGUCCAGUGCUCUAUCUACCGCAUCACCAAGCUCCUCCAGAACUGUAAUUAAGAGUGAGAAAAAAGAAGAUAAAAGAUCUGAAGACAGAAAGGAUGAAAAAGACCAAGAUGAACUAAAACCUGGGUCAGCAGAUCGAUCUAGAGCCACCAAAUCAGGAAGCAGAGGGACAGAACGGACAGUAGUAAUGGACAAGUCUAAAGGGGAACCUGUCAUUAGUGUGAAAACCACAACUAGGUCUAAAGAUCGAAGCUCUAAGAGUCAGGAUCGAAAAUCAGAAAGCAAAGAAAAGAGAGAUAUUUUGUCGUUUGAUAAAAUCAAAGAGCAACGGGAACGGGAAAGGCAAAGGCAGCGAGAACGAGAAAUCAGAGAAACUGAAAGGCGUAGCAGAGAACGAGAGCAACGGGAACGGGAGCAGCGCAUUGAUGCUUUUCGAGAACGGAAAGAGAAAGCCAGGCUGCAGCGGGAACGCGUGCGACUUGAGUGUCAGAGGCAGCGUCUUGAACGAGAGCGAAUGGAGAGGGAGAGACUAGAAAGGGAGAGAAUUCGGGUAGAGCAAGAAAGGAGAAAAGAACAGGAACGGAUCCAUAGGGAGAGAGAGGAGCUUCGGCGCCAGCAGGAGCAGUUACGCUAUGAACAGGAGCGAAGGCCUGCUCUGAGAAGACCUUAUGAUGUAGAUUCAAGACGAGAUGAUUCAUAUUGGCCAGAAGGAAAACGAGCUGCUCUGGAUGACAGAUACCGGUCUGAGUUUAGCCGACAGGAUCGUUUUCAUGAUUUUGACCACAGGGAACGGAGCCGAUAUCAAGACCAUUCAGUGGACAGGAGGGAAGGUUCAAGGUCAGUGAUGGGAGAAAGAGAUGGGCAGCACUAUGCAGAUGAUCGCCAUGGAGGACCAGAGCGCCAUGGACGGGACUCACGAGAUGGGUGGGGAGGCUAUGGUUCUGACAAGAGAAUGAGUGAGGGAAGGGGGCUACCUCCUCCACCACCCAGAGGUGGCCGUGAAUGGGGAGAUCAUACCCAAAGGAUAGAGGAUCAUCAGGAUCGUUCUUGGCAGGGCAGCGUGGAUGGAGGAAUGAUGGGCCGAGAUCAUGAGAGGUGGCAAGGUGGUGAGAGAGGCAUGUCUGGUCACUCAGGACCAGGCCAUAUGGUGAAUCGGGGAGGAAUGUCGGGGCGUGGCGGCUUUGCGCAAGGUGGAAACUCCCAGGGCCACGUGAUGCAGGGUGGUGCAAUGCAAGGCAGAGGAUUUGGAGGACAGGACAGAGCCAGCAGAGGCAGUCACCCUCACUUCACCCGCAGAUAUUAAGUAGUAACUUGUUGUUUUGGUGUUAGGUGGUGGCAGUAUUGAAUUCUUUUAGCCAGGGUUCCCUUGGACUUGUGGAUCUUUUUUUUUUUUUUUAAACUCUGCCGCCAUGUUGUAGUUCAAUACAAUGUGAACUCACUUGGGUUUUUUUGUAAUAAAUGUGUUUUUGUUCAUACCAUUUCUUUUAAAAAGUUUCUGUUAAUGAAGCAUUCCAUUUUCCAUUAAUAAAAGUUUACAGUUA